GUCACAUUUUGUUUCUGCUUUCCUUAGGCUGAGUCUGUAAACAAUGAGAGUGGGCUGGUCAGCUGCUACUUUGGGCACCUUCUCUCCAAAUUAGACAGGAUCAAGAUUGAUUACACACUGAGUGUUGCCAACAGGCUUUAUGGAGAGCAGGAAUUCCCAAUCUGUCAGGAAUACUUAGAUGGUGUGAUUCAGUUUUACCACACGACAAUUGAAAGUGUUGAUUUCAGAAAAAACACUGAAAAAUCCAGACAAGAGAUUAACUUCUGGGUUGAAUGUCAAUCUCAAGGUAAAAUCAAGGAACUCUUCAGCAAGGACACUAUUAAUGCUGAGACUGUGCUGGUCCUGGUGAAUGCUGUUUACUUCAAGGCCAAAUGGGAAAAUUAUUUUGAUCAUGAAAACACAGUGGAUGCACCUUUCUGUCUAAAUGAGAAUGAAAACAAGAGUGUGAAGAUGAUGACGCAAAAAGGCCUCUACAGAAUUGGCUUCAUAGAGGAGGUGAAGGCACAGAUCCUGGAAAUGAGGUACACCAAGGGGAAGCUCAGCAUGUUCGUCCUGCUGCCGUCUCACUCUAAAGAUAACCUGAAGGCUCUGGAAGAGCUUGAAAGGAAAAUCACCUAUGAAAACAUAGUGGCCUGGAGCAGCUCAGAAAACAUGUCAGAAGAAUCGGUGGUCCUGUCCUUCCCCCAGUUCACCCUGGAAGACAGCUAUGAUCUCAAUUCCAUUUUACAAGACAUGGGCAUUACAGAUAUCUUUGAUGAAACAAGGGCUGAUCUUACUGGAAUCUCUCCAAGACCCAAUUUGUACUUGUCAAAAAUCAUCCACAAAACCUUUGUGGAGGUGGAUGAAAAUGGCACCCAGGCAGCUGCAGCCACUGGGGCUGUUUUCUCGGAAAGGUCACUACCAUCUUGGGUGGAGUUUAAUGCCAACCACCCUUUUCUCUUUUUCAUUAGACACAACAAAACCCAAACCAUUCUCUUUUAUGGCAGGGUCUGCUCUCCUUAAAAGGGAAGCAUUGUCUAGUACUUUGGAGCUGGAGGAAAAUAUCAGUACAAUCUUCCCCUGGCAUAAGAUGGGCAUUUGAGUUUUUGGUAAUAUCUAAACCAUCCCCUUCAUCCUCCAGCCAUCAGCCUGUGCUUAUCUUCAUCUUUCUGUCACCCUGUAGCUUAUUUUCAUCUGAGUCUGUUAGUAUUGAAGGGCUAUUGUUCUCUACCCUAAACUUUCAAGUGUAUAUAUUCACCCUUUGUGACCUGAAGGUCAACACAAUUCAGAACAGUACCUACCUCCUUUUGAAGGAAUCCUAAAAGUUCAGGUCAUUAGACCAUUUCUAAGAGACAGCAAACUCAGAAGCCACUUUAACAUGGGCAGCAAGAGAACAUGUUUGACUGGAACGUGUUUGGAAACUCAACUCUCUUUCUGGGGUAGUUAUGAUUGUGGUCAUCACUGGGCAAGAUGCCCUGUUUCUUCCUUUGACAGCUACUGCAUGGAAGAUGUCCUGUGGGGUCUUUUCACCUAGGAGAAGGUAGGGCUUGGGUGUAUUUAAGUGAUAGAUCAAAGACCAGCACUCAUUUUGCACAGAGCAGGGGAAUGAUAUUUGUCUUGUGAUUUUGAUACUGACCCAGGAAAGUGGCUAGUGGAUUUAGAGGAGGUUUAUCUCAUUUUUCCUUAUUGGGUCCCCCAACAUUAUCAUCAAACACUUCCCUCUGUCUCUCCUCCCCCUAGCUCCAAGAAUUCCCACCUGUGGCUAGUUCUUCUUAUGCACUCAGCACAGGCAGGUGUGGAGAGGAAUGCUGCUGCCAUUGUGGAUGGCUGGCCUCCUUGUGCUCCUGUCUCUGCCUUCUGGCCAUGUGAACUUUUCUGUCUUCCCAGAGGUCUCAUUCCAGGCCACAUGGUGAGAACAGGCUUGAGCCUGGGCAUAGUAUCCAUAGAAAUGCUUGUUGGCUGGGCAUGGUGGCUCAUGCCUGUAAUCCCAGCAGUUCUUGGGAGGCCAAGUCAGGUGGAUCACUUGAGUCCAGGAGUUCAAGACCAGCCUGGGCAACAUAUUGAGACCCUGACUCUACAAAAAAACACAGAAAUUAGCCAGGCGUGGUGGCAUGUACCUGUAGUCCCAGCUACUCGGGAGGCUGAGGUGGGAAGAUCACUUAAGUCCAGGGAGUGGAGGCUUCAGUAAGCUGAGAUGGCGCCACUGCACUCCAGCCUGGGUGACAGAGUGAGACCCUGCCUCAAAACAAACAAACAAACAAAAAAACCCAAAAAGCCAAAACAAAACCUGAAAUUCUUGUCAAGAAGGCCAUUGGGCUCAUCUCAAGCUCUAGUCUACUGAAGGCCUGACCCCUGAGUAUUCCUACUCACGGACUCAGGGCCUCUGUUCUCUGGUGUGGUAAUGUGAGUUCCUCAUUUCUGUCUUAGCUGAAUGUUCUGCCGUGACCACUGACAUGUCUGACUCACAUCUCUUUGGAGUCAGUCUCUUUCCUAUCGAUGUGGGUUUCAGGUCUUGCUUGUGGCUCAGUUUCUUUGGCCCACCUUGUGGCUGUUCUCCUCCCAGCUGCCACCAAGUUAUUCAGUGUGGCUGCAGCAAUUUUUUGUGGGAGAAGACAGGUGAACCACACCUGCUCCCAAGCUAGCCUCUUCUCCCUUUUCUCACCUACCCCAGUGAUUUCUUUGUGUUCUGAUAGACAAGUUCCACAUUCUUCAUACAACCUUCUCAUUGUUGAAGCUCAUGACCUAAAACAAUUUGUUGUUGGUAACGUGAGGCAGUUUGAGUCAGUGCCUUUUCCAGAAUGCAGGUCCCAUGGGUCACAUUUAUUUCAGAUAACCAAAAACUUCAUGUCCCCUGUGGUUCCUUUUGGGGUUGACAUUUUGGGGUCUGGUUCCAUGUCUGACUUGGCAUCACUGCCAGACACCGAGCUGGAAACCAUGACCUGUAUAUAAGCCUUCAUUGCCCGGCAUUUCUUUUGUUCUUAUUCUUUUACUUGGUAAACACAUUUUUUUUUCAUUUAUAUCGGGAUUUCUCAUAUUUUAAAGCAUGAGAGGGAGAAUAUAUCUAUUUACAAUAAUGAGGAAAAUUAAGAAUCUUAAAUUUUUAUGUAAAUCAUAAACAUUCUUUACUAACUUUUGAUUUAUUAAAAAGUUUCUUCUGAAUGAAUAAAGCACUUUUAUUAUUAGUU